AUGUAUCUCUCCUGUUAUGAUCAGCUCGGUUCUCGUCCCUUUGAUUUCGAUGCGCAGGGAAUGGUUGCGCUUCUGUUGUUCUUGUUGUGGACGACACUCGUGUGCGCCGCUCCCGUGAGGCAAAGCAUCUUCAACGCGGCGGACUUCGGUGCUGUGGGAGACGGCAGGGCUGAUAACUCGAAGGUAGGAUAUCUCCGUGCCGUAGGACUACUCUCCUUCUCUCACGAAGCCUCAUUGCCACAGUUAGGGAGGAAGACGCCGAAAGGCAAAGCACCUUCUGGGGGUCUCUCAGGGAAGACCCACCCAGUUGCUUGCUAUGCUCUUGUCUCCAUCAAGAGGGAGAACAUCCCUGUACAUUGAGAUUACAACUAGGGAAUCACUCUCCUCUUUCUCUUGCUGCUCCUUGAAUAUGCACAACUCCUCUAGCUUUCCCAUGUCGCCACCAUCUUUCAGGCGUUCCAGAGGGCUUGGACAGCAGCCUGCACCAGCGCCCAACCAUCACCGGUGGUGCUCGUCCCUUCGCCGGGGACGUUCUUGCUCAGGCGCGUCGCCUUCUCCGGGCCAUGCAGGGCUAAGAGAAUACACUUCCAGGUGAUCUCCUUCGCCCAAUCACGAACGGUCGAUUACAUUGGGACCUUCAAAUGGACGGUCGAUAUUCUUGCGCUUCAUCCCAGGUUGCAGGCAACAUCGUAGCACCCUACGGGCAGUGGACCUCCGACCUGACCUCUGCAUGGAUUACCUUCAUCCGCAUCAAUGGUCUCACCAUUCACGGAUCCGGCAAGAUCGACGGCCAGGGGAGCAAGUGGUGGGCUUGCAGGAUUAACCAUGUCAGGAUCUUCGCCAUUCUCAUGUAUCACCACUAUACACUCGUAUUAUAGUCUUAUUAUUGACGUCUAACUCUCUCGACAAACACAUGCAGCAAUGUGCCACUGCACCAGAUGUAAGCUGCCCCCUUCCGAUUCUACUUGAUCCUCGAAGAACUGUUCUUUACUGCACAGAAUGGGAUAAACGAGUUCGAUUCUCUGGUUCAGAUGCUCGCAGUGGCGUUUUGCGACGGGUUCCAUCUGGAAGGAGUGCACUUUGCCAACAGCCCGGCGAAGCAUGUGACGGUCUUCCGCAGCCAGUGGGUGAUGAUCAACGGGAUCUCGGUUUCCUCGCCGGGGGACAGCCCCAACACCGACGGCCUCCUCAUUCAGGAGUCCAAGCACGUCCAAGUCAUCUCCUCCAACUUCGCUUCAGGUUCGGACUUCCUCUCCAUUGCGUGGUUAUCGUCUGAUUAUCACCAUCGCAGCGUUCGACGCAGCAGGCGCUGACAUAAUCUGACCGGAGCAGGCGACGACUGCGUGGCGAUUGGGACGGGUUCGUCUGAUGUCAACGUCACCUCGAUCACAUGCGGUCCAGGACACGGGGUCAGGUGAGAAUGAUCAGAUUCUUCUCCCGAAAGUUCUCCCCUCCCCACCAACGGCUCAAACCCCCGAGGUAUCCAUCCGUUUAAUUCUGUUUUUGAUAUCUGACGAGGUCUGCAGCAUUGGGAGUCUCGGGAUCGGAGGGACGCGGGCCGAGGUUGAGAGGGUGCGUGUCACCUCGAGCCAGUUCUUCAACACCAUGAACGGCGUGAGGAUCAAGACUUGGCCGGUAAGAACCCAUCUCGAAAGAGAGAAGUAGCUCAACUCCCCGGGUGCACAAUUUUUUUUCUGAGAGAGAAAAAAUCUAAAUAGUCACAUCAAACCACAAACUACACGAAAGCUUCCUACAUGGUCAUCUGUGAAUUCUCUCUCUAGUGUUUGACGGGGAUCGGUUCGGGUCCUCGUGUCCGUGUGGUUGAUUCUGACGUGAGCGCCGAAUGCGUAGGGAGGGUCUGGUUUCGCAAGGGCGAUCUCCUUCGAUAACAACGGAUUCACCUCAGUGGUGAAUCCAGUGAUCAUCGAUCAGUACUACUGUGGCGGUGCUCGAAGCUGCCCUAACAAGGUGAACGGUGGUGCCCCAAAUCGGUGGUCCGCUUUCUUCGUCAAAAGUUCCUUCUUCUUCAUCUUCUUCUCAUAUUCAAUUGCCUUCUCCAUCCUCCGUUGUCGAAGACGUCGGCCGUGGAGGUGAGCGACAUAAGGUACGCUGGACUGCGGGGGACAGCCACGGGAGAUCAUGCCAUCAAGCUCGAAUGCAGCAGAGAAGUCCCCUGCCGGGAGAUAGUGCUCGACAACGUCGUCAUCAACUCCGCGGUCCGAGGAAAGAAGGCAUCUUCCUUGUGCUACAACGCCCACGGAUGGACUAGGAAUACUGUGGUUCCCGAGGUCCCGUGCCUGGCUGCUUAG